GUUUUUACCCAGGACAUGCCUCCCAAGAACUUUGACUAUUUCGUUUCGUGUCUGCACCUGCAGUUGUCAUCUUUGACUUCGUCAUCGAUCAUCGAGUCCGGACAGUUGUUUCAUUUUUGCUUUAUGUGUCUGGCCGGCAAGAAUGACCUCCUUCAUCUCCACCCGCGACACCUCCACCCCGCCGACCCCCUUCACCUUCCAGCAAGCCAUCGAACUGGGCUACGCACCGGACGGAGGGCUUUUCGUGCCAGAAACGUUCCAUGCCUUUACCGCAACAGAAAUCCGAGCCUAUAUUGAACGGAUAAAACUAAAAGAGAAAGACAAAGACCAAUGUGCUCCUCCAGCUACAACAGGAGAAAUAACAGCCGCCACACCCCCGCCCCUGACCUACGCGGAACUCGCUUUCGACAUCCUGAAAAAGUUCAUCAGAGAGGAGGAAAUCCCGAGAGAUGAUUUACGCGAAAUUUGCGAAGCCGCGAUGGCAACGUUUGCUGGAAAAAAUACAACAGCUACAAGUUCAACAUCACAUGAUGGCAGAAUAAACGCAGUCCCAGUAAAGCUGUUGAAAACCGCCAAACACCCGCAAACCAACAUCCACGUCGCGGAAUUGUUUCACGGGCCGACUUUUUGCUUCAAGGAUUUUGGUCAGCAAUUCACCAUCCGGUUGUUGGAAUAUUUCGCGUUUAAGGAACAGAAAUCUAAACUCGUCAUCGUCUCCACCACGGGUGACACCGGGCCGGCGGCACUACGAGCGGUGGCAGAUGCGGCGGAAAGUAGGAAGGAAAAAUUACAAGCGAGAAGGAGUUGUUCUGGUGCAGGAACUACUACAUCAGGAUCAGUAGAAAAUGAAAAAGACAACCUCCUUUCCAUCAUCGUUUCCCAUCCAGAGGGGCAGAUUUCGAAUUUGCAGAGACGGCAAAUGACAACUGUUUUCUCCUCGGCGGUGAAAACGUGCGUUUUUCAGGGCGGGGGGGAUGACUUGGAUGACAUUAUCAAGAAAAUCUCCUUGGAAAAUUCCGACAAAGUCACGGGUGUGAACAGCUACAACAUUGGGCGGCCAAUCGCACAGAUCGUCCACUACUUCUGGAGCUACUUGCAGGUUACAGCUGGACAAGGAACAAGAAGCGCCGCCGGGGCCGCCGCUGGAGAUGAAAAAGGGGGCAAAGAUCCUCCUGUCACGCGAGAAUCGAAGCUGCUCCCACCCGUCGACUUCGCCGUCCCGAGUGGCGCAUUAGGCAAUCUUACGGCGGGGUGGUUUGCAAAGAAGCUUGGAUUGCCGGUAAAACGUUUUAUCACUGGCACGAACGUGAACGAUAUCACGUUUCGCACGUUCACGACGGGGAAAUUUCAGAAAGCGGAGAAUAUGGUGAAAAACUUGGCGGAGGCGAUGAACAUUCAAGUACCGUACAACUUCGAAAGGCUGCUGUACUACGCAGCGACAGCAUCCUCCUGUGGAGAAACAGCUGCGCAUACCGUCCAGCGCAAAAUGGAGGAACUGGAGCGGACGAACAAAUAUGAGUUGGUGGAAGAGGUUUUCGCUUGGUUCCGAGAAAACGGGUUUUCCCCGAACUCCUACCGGAUCAGCGACGAGGAGAUUGUGCAGGUGAUCCGGGAAGCGGCUUCGGAAGAAAUUCAGCUCGAGGGUGGAAAUCUUCAAGCUACUGGUUGUGAAGAAACAAACAAUACCUCUAUGGUCCUUUGCCCCCAUUCUGCCUGUGGCGUGAGGGCGGCGUGGAAUUUCUGCGAUAAAGAGAAGAUGAGGACAGAACAAGUUGUUCAGGAGGAUGAGCGGCAUUAUGGUGACAAAGUGAUCGAGAUGAAGAACACCGGUGCUGAUACUGCAAGUACAAAAACCACGACGACCCCAGAUGAAGGCGUGCCGAUCAUCGUCCUGGCGACUGCGAGCUGGUGUAAGUUUGAAGAGGUAGUGGAGCAGGCGUUCGGUACUAGUUGUGAUAGGAGAGAGACUUCUCACGACAGAACGUCUACUGCUGCAUCUGGUUCUACUUCUAGUAGUGGUGCGUCAACAUCUGGUGCAGCUGUGGCGCAAGAGCAACGUCGUGCAGAAGCAGCAGCCGCUUGUUCCACUUCUGCAUCGUCAAUAUCGACGGCCGCCAGCAGUGCUGAAGAGUGUAAAGAGGCAACUACAGCAGGAGCCUCUUUCAAACGAACAGGAAAAUCGCUCAUAGUUCCACCGCUCCCGCAAGCAGCGGCCUUGCUGAUGACGCUACCCGAGAGGCCUUACGAUCUAAAACUCUGGAAAGAGGACGUUGGAGAUUGGGAAACACAGUUCAAAAAGUUAGUGCUGCAGUCCAUUUGUAGUUGAUACGAUAAGUACGGCUACUUGCGAGUCAGGAACCUGUGUGUGUGUCGUGAAUGAUAAUCGUCAAGAUAAAGCGGAAGACUCAAGAACAUUAUGGCCACGCAAGGCGACCUACGUGCAACACAUGACGACGAAAUUCCAUGAUUUAUACUGUGACGUCUUGCGAAAACGACUUCGAACAAGAGCUGUGUUAGCUGCUGCUGCGAACAGCAACAAUGAAGUGU